AUGUCUGCUCCGCCUUUCGAAGGUCCCGAAAAAUUAUUGGAAAUCUGGUUCGCUCCUUCCUCACAUGGACUAGCUGGGGGAGGGCUAAAAUCAGUACCGCGAGCCGUCUGGGAGGACAUGCUUGAUAUCGUCAAGUGCAAGGUCCUUAGUGUUGUACACGGUGAAGAAAUUGACGCUUACUUGCUGAGCGAAUCGUCCCUCUUUGUUUCCCCCCAUCGUCUUAUUCUCAAGACUUGUGGCACUACGCUGAAUCUGCUUGGUCUCCCUCGAAUCCUCGAGAUCGCCGCUAAUCAAGCCCAACUGCCAGCAGUUCAUCGAUGUUUCUAUUCGCGCAAAUCAUUCAUGUUCCCCGAACGACAACUGGGACCUCACCGCGACUGGAAGCACGAGGUUGAGUUUCUUGACAACAUUUUCCCCAACGGCUCCGCAUACACAGUCGGAAAAGUCAAUGGAGAUCAUUGGUUGCUUUAUAUGGCAGGUCCUACUGGCUCUGAAACCAUCCCAUCUUCACCAAAAAUUCGUGAACACCACAACACGAUUCCCGACUACACGAUAGAAAUACUCAUGAGCGACCUUGCUCCUUCUGCCCGCGACUCGUUUUUUCCGCAUCCUUCUUUUGGCCCUGAAGAACUUUCUGCUUCCCUGGGUAUCUCCGAUAUAUUUCCUUCUCACUUGACUACCCUCGACUCGUACUCCUUCUCGCCAUGCGGUUACUCUGCCAAUGCUCUCGUUAAAUGGGGAGAAGAUCAUGGUGAAGGAUACUACACCAUCCACGUCACCCCCGAGGCAGGCUGGUCAUAUGCGAGCUUCGAAUGCAAUGUCCCCCUUCCGCCUUUUAACGCCGAUCCCGCAGUCAUUCCUGACCUACUCACUCUCGUACGGCGUGUGGUGGCCAUCUUCUGCCCGGGCCGGCUUAGCUUAACGUUGUUCAUCUCCAGCGAUGAUAACGAAGCCGAUAACGGAGACAGCGCUGUUGAAGCGGCUCAACGAGCAUUCAAGGCCGCGCUGAUGCCAGAGGAUGCGCCAGUAAGAUAUAGGCGCACGGAUAAAAUCAACUAUGAAUUCGGUGGUUACGACUUGGCGUUUGCUAGCUUCGAAUUGAAACGCUGA